UAAGCUUCUCUUCAACAAACUAACAUCAUUUCUUCUACUGGUCUUCCAUGGCAACUCAUGAAGAUUUCAACAAAUUCUGAACCAAAAAAAACUCAUAUGUAUCAAAGAGUUGGGUAUCAAUAUCUUCUGCUCUGUUUCUCGCAUUGAAGACUCAAACCGAGUUUCCUGAAUUGGCUCGCUCUUGGAUUCAUAUUCUGGUGUUGACAGCAGCUGGAUCUGGAACUGGUAAGUCCGUCAACGCUUAAUCAUUAUAAUUUCUCUUAUGUAGUUGACACCUAAAUGGGGCCUGUUUCUAUAUAUAAUAUAUAGACACUCAUGCACAGACACAUAAUGAACUUUCAACUAGCUAGAUCUCUGAAGUCUCGAAAUUUAUAUCAGAAGUUUUAUAGAGCACUCAUCAAUGGAUGGUCUGAGUUGGGAUGCCUUACACGCUGCGGAGAACUUACCUAUAUUGUGGAGCAAUUUAGAGCAGCAAGAGCUUGAAGCAAGCUUGAAUCCAAGCUUUCCUAAUAAUUCAAUGCAAGAGAUGCAGAAGCAGGCUCAAACAGGUCAUCAUCAUCACCCGUAUCCAAAUUCUGAAAAAGAAGUGAUCAAAGAGAUGGCUCAAUUAUCAGAAGCAGAAGCAGAAUUAGCAGCUAGAACCAGUUCAAAGACAAGUCUAUCACAGCUAGUAGGUGGGUCCAGCUGGGUUGGUGGAUCUUACAGAAUGAAUAACCCAUUUGGUAAUUUUGAUCCUUCAGAAUUCAACAUGGCCCACCAACAUCCACAACUUGUCAAUAAUGGCUCACAAAAUGGUACCUUCUCUGCUGAGUCACUGGAUUGCUUGUUCUCAGCUACAAAUAGCAACACAGACGCAUCUGUAGAAGAUGAUGGAGUCUCCAUGAUCUUAUCUGAAUGCAGAAGAUCAAACUUAUGGAGCUUUAGUCAUAACAAUGGAGGAAGUGAAUCUGAGAGCACUACCAACGCUGAUCAUGAAACAUUAUCUCAAGGUUCCUCAGAUCUUUAUGCAAAUCAAGGAAUAAAAAUUGCAGAAUCCACCAAGGCCAAGUGUUCAAAAAGGAGCAUUGAUGAUGCUUUAGAUCAAUAUCCCUACUUCAGCAUUGAAGAAGGUGGUUCAAGUUCAUUCAGGCUCGUUAAGGAGAACAACAACAAUAAUCCACCAAAACCCAAACGACCCAGAUGGGAUUCCAAGCCUCCAACUUCUUCAAACAUCAAUUUCAAGCAGCCCCAUUCAUCAUCAUCUUCCAUGGAAGAACCAGACCCAGAUGCCAUAGCACAAAUGAAAGAGAUGAUAUAUAGGGCUGCAGCAUACAGGCCUGUGAAUUUAGGAAUGGAGGUGGUGGAGAAGCCAAAGAGGAAGAAUGUGAGGAUAUCAACAGAUCCUCAAACUGUGGCUGCAAGGCUGAGAAGGGAGAGAAUAAGUGAAAGAAUCAGGGUUUUGCAGAAAUUGGUUCCUGGUGGAAGCAAGAUGGACACUGCUUCAAUGCUUGAUGAAGCUGCAAAUUACCUCAAGUUUCUAAGAUCACAAGUGAAGGCAUUAGAGAGUCUAGGAAACAAAGUCGAGGCUAUGAAUUGUCCUCCUACUAAUAUUGCCUUCUCUUUUAACCCUUCUUUUCCCAUGCAGUUUAACCCUAGCUACCACAUCCAACGUUGAACUUCGAAGUCAUGAUUGAUUAUCUGCUUUUAAUGUUGUAGCUAGUAACAAUAGCAGAUGAUCACUUUCAUUUUCUAUGCCAAAAUCUGCAAGAAAUUUCCAAUGAAUGAUAUGUGAUGUU